AGCGCAGAUGAAGUUCGUCUGACAUUAUUGUAUCUCGUGAUCACUGGAUUCUUUUUUUUUUUUUUUGAAGACCGAAUGUUUGUUAUCGUGUGGAGACUGACUCAGUAAAACUACAAGCAGUUGUUGAAUGAUCUGAAUAUGUGUGGUGGAUUUACGUGUUCGAAAAACGCACUUACUGCGUUAAACAUUUUGUAUAUCGUUGUCGCCUUCAUUCUAAUUGGAGUUGCUGUCUAUGGACGCGCUACGCCACUUGGUGAAAACCUGCCGAUUAUUGGCGGCAUCCUUGCCUGUGGCGUCUUUCUUAUUCUCAUUUCCAUUCUUGGACUAAUUGGUGCUAUCAAGCAUCAUCAAGUGCUGUUGUUUUUUUACAUGCUGAUUCUGUUCCUGCUGUUCCUCGUGCAGUUCAGCGUGGCCUGUGCGUGCCUGGCCGUCAACCAGGAGCAGCAGCAGCACCUCGCAAAGCAGGGAUGGAACAAAAUUGAAAACACGACAACACAGAUGGAUUUGGAGACAGUGUUUAAAUGCUGUGGGUUCGAUAAGGGAGACAAUACUACUUUUUGUCCAGACUUGUGCAACACACAGAAGUGCUCGAAGUGUGGCGAGGCCCUGCAGAACACCAUCGACUAUGCCUUCAAACUGUCCGGAGGGAUAGGCUUGUUUUUCAGCUUCACAGAGUUUCUCGGCGUCUGGUUGACGGUUCGCUACAGGAACCAGAAAGACCCACGAGCUAACCCUAGUGCUUUCCUCUAACCCACUAGAGUAAUGUGCUGCUGGUUGCCGGAUAAUUGCAGCCGUCGUCGCUUACCGAUACCGCAACCAGAUGAAUCCGAAAGACAAAGCAAGUGCCAUUAAUGUACCUAGGUAUAACAGCUAUUUGUAUUAAAAUGAGACGGGAACUAGUCAACUGUGUACCUCCUGUGCACUAGUGUAAACAAAUUUUCUUACAGCGAGAGAAAAACACCAUUGUAACAAAUUUUUCUUACAUUAUUGUAAUGCGAGUCAAGAUUUUGACUAAAGAUGUGUACUUUAUGAUGACUUGAAAUUUGCUCUUGCUGUAUUGUAAAACCAUGUUUUUACACAGGGUGUUUCAUUUUAUUGCAUUUACUUAAAAAGAUUUAUCAUGUUAAGGUAAUUUUGGAAGCAUUUUAGGAGAUCUCUUUUUGUUUUGUUUAUUAGUUUUAAGUCUUAAAUAUUCUGGUGAUAUUUAGAUACUAAUAACAAAUAUUUGUAACUGUUUUACCAAGUGUGGAUAUGUUCUUUUGACUGGAAGAAUGUUGUAUCAGAUAUUUCACAGAGUUUUUAUAUAAUACAACUCUCGUUUACAUUCCUAGAAAAAGUGUCUCGUAUUAAAGGUAGGUGGAGUAAAUUGAAACAUGAGAUGCAUUUUAUGGUUAGAAAUCCGGAUAUAAGGAUUUAAAUGUUAACUGUGGAAAAUUGUAUGUGUGUCACAAUGUCUGUAAGUGGAUAAGCUCAGAGACCGACAGUUCCAGAAUAGGACUAUAAUUCUUCCUCAAUACCCCGCUUAGUUUGGCAUUAGUCGCAUACUGUAUAAAUACCAAUUGACCCAGGUGAAUCUUUGCCACCAAAGAGUGGCCCGUAUUGAAAGGUGAUGUGUCAUGUAUAUCGAUUAGUUCUUAGUAUACAAAUAACACAGUUUUAUCAACAGUGUGGUAUUAAUAAAUGCGAGAGUAGUGUUGACUGUCUUCUUAACAGUCAUCACAUACCUGUGAUGUAGCCUUACUUAAAAUAUAUUGACAGUAGAACAGUGAUUAAUUCAUAUGUAUUUCAUUAUUAUGCCUAAUUCAGUGCGAAGAAAAAAAAUGAAUUCUGAGAUAGGUUCUGCAAUGUAUGUACCUUUUAUAACUUAUUUUAAAAAAGAAUAAUCAAUUUGCUGGUAUACCAGUUUUUUAGCGAAAUCAUCCUUAUUCUGACAUUUUAUGUUAUGUCUCUGCUUGCAAAACAUCAGGGAAUGCAUUAAUUUUCCUACUAAAUUUUGAAUUGUUCGUUGAGACUGUCGUAGGAGUGUUGAAGAUAACAUUACUUGUAAUAGAAAUGUGAAAUAAUGUGUGUUAAACUGUUAUAACGUGUAUUUUCCAUUUGUGCUUAGAUGUGUCUGAUGGCAGAGUUGAGACAUUAUGGUUCGUUUCUUCACUCUAAUGCCAUCCUACAUCGUAAUAUGCUUAAUGUUGUUCUCUCUCUCUUCCUUUGUCUGUCCAGUAUAGUGGACUGACAAAGACACAGGAAGGAACAGUAUUUAAUACUGGAAUCUCAUGGUGCAAUCAUAAUUUUAAAGCUGCCUAUCUGCAAACACUCAUUUGGAUUGGGCCAGCUUUGAGGCUAAAUCACCAAAAUAUUGUGUAUAAUGUAACUGCUUGCAUAUGUCUGAGCUUCUAAUCUCUUGUAGUCAUUUCUUUUGUGGUUGUGCUGAAAUACGUAAGUGUAAUUUAUAACCUACAACACUACUUUCUGCCUGAAUGAGUAGUUUCAGGCAUUGCAGUAAUUGUGUGGUAGUGUUGUUACCACUGGAUAAAUCCCAUCAGCUCUUCUGUUAUUUAAACAAAAAUCUUUUUAGCAUAUUUUUGUAUAAUUUAAAUCAUUUCAAACCUAAAAGAAAUCUUCAAUAUUUUAUAUGAACAGCUGAAUGUUUAAGGGCUAUUAAUAAAGCAUAGACAAAUCAACAAAA